AUGGCGAGCCCCAGCCCUGGCCCGGAAGACCUAUCAGCACCACCAAAGAUUCCAGAAGAGGAUGCUGGCGACCUUCCUGUUGCGCUUUCUGCAUCCUUGGUCCUGACCUCGCUCCCACGAGAUGGAAGGAUGGCUCUCGAUAAGGCGCUAAGCCCUAAGCCCACGAAAGUCUCUAUUCGCUUUAAGGCUAUUGGCUCGGUCCCCAUCCUGAACAAAGAUGUCUACAAGAUCAAGACCAACCAGCGAUUCGAGAAUGUUGUCAAAUUUCUUAGAGAUAACCUAGGUAUCCCUGCCAGCGAGUCAAUAUUCACGUACAUCAACGCUACGUUUGCGCCGGCCCUAGACGAAAACGUUGGGAAUUUGUACAACUCUUUCAAGGUUGACGAUCAGCUGAUUGUUUCAUAUUGUAGAACAGCGGCUUUUGGAUAA